ACGCUCCCGCCGCGCAAAACGCAGUUGUUUUUGGCUGUGAAAUCAAUUUAAAAUAAAUUCCAUUUUAAGUGAUUGCUGUUGUUCAAAACGGCCUCAAGAUUGAACCUUUCAAGAUGGUGUCCACUCGGGGACAUAAGUAUAAAUUUUCGGACGGCGAAAAAGUGCUCUGCUAUGAGCCGGAUCCCACCAAGGCAAAGGUGUUGUACGAUUCGAAGGUAAUCAAUUGCCAGGUGCUGGAUGUAUCGGAGGGUAAAGAUAAACGAGGACGCAAAGUGAUUGAGUAUUUGAUACACUUCCAAGGCUGGAACUCGUCGUGGGACCGGAAGGUAGGCGAGGAUUUUAUUCUUAAAGACACCGAGGAGAAUCGGCAACUGCAGAAGGAUUUGGCCGAGAAAUCCCAGUUGCAUCAGGGAACAUACCUGUAUAGAAAGGAACGCAAAAAACAAAGAGACAAGACUUUAACGGCACGAAUUGAGAGUCUCACACAGACUGGACCACAGAAACCACCUGCUCAACCUUUGUCUGAAGAAGGAAGUUCUUGCAGUAAUGGUUUUGGACGUGAAGAAACUGAUUUUUGUAUAGAUCCUGCCCUAGACGGUGAAUCGGAAUACUACAGUAGCUCAGUUGAAAGUACACACGAGGAGGAGAAGGUCUACGUUCAAGUGGGUGACAAACUCAAGCGUAUCUUGGAGUACGACUUUCACAUGAUAUCAGAAGGCAAUCUGGUAGAGAUUCCAGCCCAGUUUCCGGUGGUAACUAUCCUCGAAAACUUUGUCCGUCAUUAUUCCAUUCGACAACUGUUCGGGCAAGAACAGGCAAAACUACGACGACGAAAUAGUUCCUUCAUGAAAGGCGAUCAGAAAACGAAAGACUAUGAAACGAUUCGUACGAAUAUCGAACUGUGUAAGGAAGUGGCCGAUGGUCUGCGGUUGUAUUUCGAUUUCACCUUGAAGGAUUACUUAUUGUACCCUCUAGAAAAGCAGCAAGCUGAGUUGGUUCUGUCGGAGGAAUAUCUCAUAAAUUUUACCUAUAUUGCAUCGCCAUCACUGUCCCUUGACUUACUAACGGUUCGUCUGGAAUCUCCAGCCACUGAUUCUGGAACCGAUCAUGCCGAUCCAACACUUUCCGGUAGUUCGCUAGCAGCUCAAGAGGAGAAGAGACGCCGUCGGUUGCGUUCGCAUAAAAAUGAAGAGAAUGAAUUCAUUCUGGAUAUGGGAUUUAUCAAAUCGGAAACCCUUUCACCAGGAAACCCGCAAACGUUGGCGUUUUCAUUGCUCAAGGGCGCAUUUCCAUCAAAUGUCACCAUAUCGUAUCAGUCAAAGGAAAUUAUGGAUGAUGCAUUCGGAUGGAAGAUUCUUCCUUCGGAUGCCCCCGCUGAGCCAUCGAUGAUCUAUGGAGCUACACAUCUAGCACGAUUGAUCGUCAAAUUGCCAGAUUUCCUAUCCGCUACGACAAUGGCCGAUGAAAAGUUGAAACUGUUGCUUAAAUUUUUGGAUUGCUUCUCCGAUUACAUCGAGGAGCAUGAGGAAUGGUUCGGAGGACAUGUGUAUAGUGAUAAAAAGACAACGCUGAUGGAUAUGAAGCUAGACGAUGGUGUCGGCUUGUCGUCUAUGGUCGGUAGCGAGAUGGGCUGUAUUCAGAUUAAGGAGGAAGAUUUGGAAUUGCAGGACGAUGGAAUGAUGGCCGGUCCGUUGCUGUCGGAUGUGAAAGUCGAAGUGACCUCGCUGAUUCCGUAAUAAAUUGCGUGUAGACUG